AUGAACCACACUUCCCAGACCUUCACUUGGGCCCGCGCCGGCGCCGCCUCAAACUAUGAGGUGCUCAAGGAGGAGCACGGAGGGGCCGUGCUGGGGACAUCCCACAGCUCUGCUCUCACGACGUCCACCGUGAUCCACGUCCACAGCGACCCCUCCGUCCCUGACCACGUCGUCUGGUCCCUGUUCAACACGCUCUUCCUGAACGUCUGCUGUCUGGGCUUCAUCGCCUUCGCCUACUCCGUGAAGGCGAGGGACAGGAAGAUGGUGGGCGACGUGACCGGGGCCCAGGCCUACGCCUCCACCGCCAAGUGCCUGAACGUCUGGGCCCUGAUCCUGGGCAUCCUUGGGACCGUUGGCGUCAUCCUCGUUCCAGUCUUGAUCUUCGUGGCGUUUCAGUAG